AUGACAGCGAGCGGGACGCGGAGCGCGUGCCAUAUCGAGAAGCUCGUCCUGGAUGCGGCGCCCUUGCUCACACAGGCCCGAAUCGCAGGGCUCGCGGAGAAGUACUAUAUCCCACCCUCGGUCCUGGCAGAGCUCCGUGAUGUGCGAGCGCGUGAGUACUUGGAGUCGCUGCACUCCACUGGCCAAAUCCAGCUGGAAGUCCGUGAACCUAGCGCGGAGGCCAUGCGCAAAGUCAUUGACUUCAGCAAGCAGACCGGUGACUACGCGGUCCUCUCGCAGCCAGACUUGCAUGUCUUGGCUCUGACCUACGCCCUGGAAGUCGAGGCACAUGGGACGUGGCGCAUUCGUGAGACGCUCGGCGGCAAGACAGGCCAGCAGCUGCAUGAGGCGCAGCGCCUAGCAGAAAAGGGACAGACUCAGCCAGCGCAGAAAGAACACGCGCCUGCCCCCACACCGGCCCCCGCCAAGCCUGCAUCCCAGGUGAAGAAGGAAGAGGAAAGCCGCGAGGACGACGACGACGACGACGACGACGGAUUCACAUUGGUCACCGCAAAGCACAAACCUGUGCAUGAUACCAUCGACGAGGAUGACGAGGCGACAGGAGGCGAAUGGAUUACGCCAGAGAAUAUCACCAAGCACAAGAAUAAGUCGCUCGGCCUCGUGACAGACGAGUCUGUUCCUGUGGAAGAAGGUACGGCCAAGAAAGGCCGCCGACGUCGUGGGAAGAAGGGCGCACCGGCACGCAUGACGGUGGCCUGUAUGACUGGCGACUUUGCCGUGCAAAACGUCCUGCUACAGAUGGGACUCUACUUGGUCAGCGUCGAUGGCUUGCGCAUUGAGCGUGUGAAGAGCUGGGUUUUGCGGUGCCACGCCUGUUUCAAGAUCUGCAAAGACAUGGAGCGCAAAUUCUGUCCUUCCUGCGGCAAUGCUACGCUCCUCCGCACCUCUGUCACCUCGGCGCCGCCAGGCGAAGGGACCGGCGGCUUGCAAAUCCACCUCAAGUCCAACUUCCAAUACAAAAAUCGCGGUACCAUUUACUCUCUCCCCAUGCCCAAGCCUGGCAGCGCUUCAGGCGGCAAGCCUAGUGGGCAAAGCAGGAACGAAAAGACAGGCAUCCCUAUUCUACGUGAAGACCAGCUGGAAUGGCAACGUGCUCUCUCGCAGCAAAAGACACGCAGAGACAAAGAGGAGAGGCAGCUACAGAGGGCCCUCGAAAAGGGCCAGGACUCGCUCACAGCACGAUAUGCGGACCCUGACUGGCUACCGAACCUCCUCAGCGGCGCCCAUACAACACAGGUGGGCGAGCUCCCAGCGCUGGGUGUGGGCCGCAAGAAUCCCAACGAACGCCGCCGCCGCCGCCGCUAA